CCUUUCUCUUCUUAUCAUCUCUUUCUCCCCUCGCACCCUGUUUCAAAAGAAAAGGCUCUAGUCUCAACCCCCAGGUUUUGGUUUGGUGGUCAUCUUGGGUUCCAUCUCUGAACGAAACCUACAUGAUGCAGAGGCCUCCCAUUGAAGAUUUUGCCCUCAAGGAGACCGAUCCCCCCCUUGGUGGGAGGAAGGUCACUAGGGACAAGCUUACAAGCACUUAUGACCUUGUAGAGCAGAUGCAGUAUCUCUACGUUCGGGUUGUGAAGGCGAAAGACUUGCCUCGGAAAAAUGUUACUGUGAGUUGUGAUCCUUAAUUAUGUUGAGGUUAAACUUGGGAACUAUAAGGGCACCACUAGGCAUGUUGAGAAGAAGUCAAAUCCUGAGUGGAAUCAGGCGUUUGCUUUCUCCAAGGAUAGGAUUCAGGCUUCUUUUUUUUUGAAAAUAGGUAAUGAGGAUUCAGGCUUCGGUUCUUGAGGUUAUUGUGA